AGGAGAGCCCUAGACGUGCCUUGCCCAUGGACCCAACUGGGAUAUCCUUUUGAUAAACAACAGCGUGGGAGGACUCACAGAACCGCGGCCCCUCAUCCUCUGGGACUAGGCUGUGACUUAGAGUGGGGAAGUCACAGACUGCUUCCUCCCGUUGCAGCCCCUGAGCUGAAGAGCGAUCCGGCUCCUCGGAAAUACUGACUAGAAGGGCGAGACGAGAGUAGCCCAUGUUUUCUCUCCUUUGCAUUUCCCUAGCGUUUCAGUGUUCCUCCACUUUUCCUGUGUUUCCCUCAGCAUGGAAAAAAAAAAUCAAUCUUGAAAUGUGGAUUCCAGAAUUAUAGCCAUAGUAGAUAAUUUUUCUAAAGUUAUUCACAGACCUUUUAAUAGUUUUCUAUGUGAGCACAGCUAUCCCAAGAGUUGUGACCUUGACCUUUGCUCCCCGUUUCCCCCAUUUUUCCCCCUCUAGUUUUGAUGAUGUCCAGCGUUAUUUGAGCUGUCUCAAACUCUUAGCCAUCGAUCGUAAUCAUUACACUAGUUUGGUUUAGUUGCUUCAUUCUGAACAAAAACCAGAGUUCAGUGGCAUUCCAUUGGAAGGCAUCGUUUAAAUGACUUCCAACAACAGUGAGGUUGGAGUAGGUUAAAAAUCUUAACCUGCUAUUUCAUAUCAUUUUCCAUUAUCUCCUGUAGUAAGUUCAGUUGGGCAGAUCUAAGUGGCAGCAGAGAACUCUGGUGGAAGCUGGGAAGCGGUAUUGAGGCCAUGUUAGUGGCUGAAUCUACACUACAAGCUGAGCAUGACUUCGUUUUAGAGGCACUUCAAUCCCAGAGGAUUCAAUACUCAAGGUGAAAAAUUAAUUUCCUAAGCUGGAGCUGGAUCAACUGUUAAAGAAUGGCAACAGGUGACUUAAAAAGAAGCUUACGGAACCUGGAACAGGUGCUUCGUUCGCUGAAUUACCCUCGAGAGGUGGACUGUGUCGGUUUGGUGAAAGGAGACACCGCAGCAUCCCUGCCCAUCAUCAGCUAUUCCCUCACCUCGUACUCGCCUUACGUAGCAGAACUUCUGCUGGAGUCCAACGUGGAGCUCAUAGCAAAGAAUGACUCGCGCUUUAUAGAUACCGUCUAUAAGCUUCUUCGCGAUCAAUUUAAUUAUAAACCAAUCUUGACAAAAAAGCAGUUUCUCCAGUGUGGAUUUGCAGAAUGGAAAAUCCAAAUUAUUUGUGACAUUUUGAAUUGUGUGAUGAAAAAGCACAAGGAAUUGAGUUGUGUUGAGAAGACUCCAUCACAACAAAGGAAAAAAAUCAAUUCUAUUAAGUCAGAACCUUGUACCAGCGGUGAGAAGACAGCCACCGAACCUGUUGGCAUUGAUGUCACUGGCAGGUUUAUGACGUCAGGAAAGAAGAAAGCUGUGGUGAUCCGCCACCUGUACAGCGAAGGCAGCGCCAACCUUCCUGAAGAUGCAAGUCCAGUAACACAUGUUAAUGAAGCAUUUGACACUUGUGACCCAAAGGCUCCUGAAAUAGAGAUUCCUGAAUUAGAGAUUUCUGAGAUUAACUGUGAGCAGCAGGAUAUGAAAGUUAGCGCUGAGAUCACCGCGCUGCGGAUUACGCUUGCUGAAUGCCAAGAAAAACUUAAGAAACUGACUUGCAUAGAGAGCAGAUUGGAAUCUUUGGAAGAAAAAAUGAAAGGCAAAGUGAUGGUGAAUGAAAAAACCUGGAAUAAUCUUCUAAGUCGUGUCACUCUUCUUGAAACAGAAAUGCUUUUAUCUAAAAAGAACGAUGAAUACAUGCGGUUUAAUGAAAUGAGCGAAGACUGUGCCUCGAGCAGCAACAUGGGUGCUCUCAGUCUGGACAGAAAAAGCAAAGGGGAGAGGCAAGCAGGCGUCCCUCUGUCCUCUGGCUACAGCACAGUGUCGUCGGAUUCAACUCCCCGGGCCUCCACCGUUAACUACUGUGGUUUGAGAGAGAUUUCCGAGGAAACAACAAUCCAGAAAAUGGAAAGGAUGAAAAAAAUGUUUGAAGAAACUGCAGAGUUACUGAAAUGUCCAAAUCACUCACUAUAGAAUUUUCUGCACGAACUUCUCUAGGACUCUGGCUACUGUACAUGUUGUAUAUUUGAAGAGUUCUCUAGGCAGUUUUAAGACACUGUAAUACUUGUAUUAGCAUUUGAAUUCCAUUUCGUAUAUUAGUUUUUUCAUUCAGUAUUGAAUAAAUGCUUCCAUUUUUUGCA